AUGGAGGCUCUAAUAAACAGUGGACUCUGUAAGGGUUCACUGUGCAGACAAGAAGAUAUUGAACAGUUGUCAAUGGAUGGUAGCCAUUACAGUUUCUCAACAGGGAUUUUGCCUUCUCUUGGAGGAAGUAGUGCACGCAGAAUCAAGCUCAAGAGGUUCAUCAUAUCACCCUAUGACCGCCGUUACAGGAUUUGGGAAAAUUUCCUUGUUUUUCUGGUCAUCUAUACCGCUUGGGUAUCCCCGUUUGAAUUCGGAUUCCUUAGGAAGCCACGUGCACCUCUCUCCAUAGCUGAUAAUGUUGUCAAUGCAUUCUUUGCUAUGGAUAUUAUCAUUAGUUUCUUUGUAGCUUACCUUGAUAGCGCAACCUUCCUCCUUGUGGAUGACCCAAGAAAGAUAGCAUGGAAAUAUGCAUGUUCCUGGCUUGUCUUUGAUGUCAUAUCCACAAUCCCAUCUGAGCUUGCUUGGAAGAUAUCUCCAUCACCUUUAAGGUCAUAUGGCUUAUUCAACAUGCUUCGCCUUUGGCGUCUCCGAAGAUUUAGUGCCUUUUUUUCCAGAUUGGAAAAAGAUAAGAACUACAACUACUUUUGGGUUCGAUGUACAAAACUUUUAUGUGUUACUCUUUUCUGGCUUCAUUGUUCUGGAUGUUUCUUUUAUCUUCUGGCAUCACGUUAUGGUAACCCAAAAAAAACAUGGAUUGGAACAUCAACGGAUAGCAACUUCCUCGAACAGGAAUUGUGGAUCUCCUAUGUGAUGGCGAUUUACUGGGCCAUCACUACUCUAACUACUGUUGGCUAUGGUGAUUUACAUGCAGUGAAUACAAGGGAGAUGAUCUUUGACAUAUUCUUCAUGCUAUGCAACCUUGGAUUGACAUCAUAUUUGAUUGGAAACAUGACAAACUUGGUUGUCAAUGGGGCCAGUCGGACCAGUAAAUAUAGGGAUACCAUUCAAGCUGCCACAAGUUUUGCUAAGAGGAACCGACUGCCUCUUCGUUUGCAAGAACAGAUGCUUGCCCAUUUAAGUUUGAAGUUCAGAACAGACUCUGAGGGGCUCCAGCAGAAAGAGACUUUUGAUUCCCUUCCUAAAGCCAUCCGGUCAAGCAUUUCUAAUAAUCUUUUUUACUCACUUGUGGAUAAGGUGUACUUGUUUCAAGGGAUUUCAAAUGAUUUGCUUUUCCAGCUGGUCUCGGAGAUGAAACCCGAAUAUUUUCCUCCUAAGGAAGAUGUGAUCUUGCAGAAUGAAGCACCUACGGACUUCUACAUACUUGUCACUGGUGCUGUGGAGCUAUUGGUCUUCAAAAAUGGAGUUGAACAGGUUGUUGGAGAGGCAAAAGCUGGUGAUCUCUGUGGAGAGAUUGGGGUACUUUGUUAUAGGCCACAGCUAUUUACAGUGCGGACCAAAAGAUUGAGCCAGCUACUGAGGCUAAACCGUGCCACAUUCUUCAACAUUGUUCAGUCCAAUGUUGGGGAUGGGACAAUAAUCAUGAAUAAUCUCCUUCAGCACUUGAAAGACCUUAAUGACCCAAUAAUGUCACAAGUUUUAGUGGAGACAGAGAACAUGCUAGCUCGUGGUAGAAUGGACCUACCUCUUAGUCUAUGCUUUGCAGCUCUUAGGGGAGAUGACUUGUUGUUACAACAGCUGUUGAAACGGGGUCUCGAUCCAAAUGAAUUGGACAGCAAUGGCAGGACAGUUCUGCAUAUAGCAGCCGCCAAAGGAAGUGAGAAUUGUGUGCAUCUAUUACUUGAAUAUGGGGCAGAUCCUAACAAUAGAGACUCAGACGGGAAUGUGCCUCUGUGGGUGGCAAUGCUGGGUGGUCAUGAACCGGUGAUCAACCUGUUACUAGAAAAUGGAGCAAAAUUACACUCCGGAGACAUUGGUCAAUUUGCAUGCACUGCUGCUGAGCAAAACAACUUGGAGUUGCUCAAGGAAAUAAUUCGUCUGGGGGGUGAUGUAAUGCGUUCUAAGUCCAACGGAACCACAGCUCUCCAUAUUGCAGUUUGUGAAGGCAACACUGAAAUAGUAAGAUUUCUUUUGGACAAAGGUGCUGAUAUUGACAAACCAGACUUUGAUGGUUGGACCCCAAGGGCUCUAGCUGAACAACAAGGACAUGAAGACAUUCAACUACUUUUCCAAUCUAGUGGAGAGCCCAAAAAUCAAUCCUUCAUUGCAAUGCCUGAGCAGAGAAAUGGCAAUCAGUUCCUUGGCAGAUUUAAUAGUGAGCCAACAAUCAGUCCUCUAUCCCAGGAAGUCUCUUUCGAAGGAAUAGCGUUUGAAUCAUGGAGCCAAACCCGUCCAAGGCGUAGGGCUAAUAAUUUCCACAACUCACUAUUUGGCAUUAUGUCAGCUGCACAUACUGAGGAGAAAGAUCUUCUAUUCCCUGCUAAUCAGAUAAGAAGUGCUAGAGACUCUGGAAGUAAAGCUGCUAGAGUGACCAUCAGUUGUCCAGAAAAAGAACAAGCUAGUGGAAAACUUGUGCUACUUCCAGGGAGUUUUCAAGAGCUACUUGAUAUUGCUGCAAAGAAAUUUGGGAUCCUGCCUUCGAAGGUCCUAAGUAAAGAAGGAGCUGAAAUUGAUGAUAUAGAGGCCAUUAGAGAUGGUGACCAUCUUAUUUUUGUCAGUUAUCUUGGAAUUUAGGAAUCUAACAGCA